CCGCUUCAUUCUAGCUCGGUGCCUUAUGCUUCUGUCAUUCUCUCUCUAAAAGAUUCUGCCUUCUCUCUCUAAAAGUCCUCUCUCUCCUCCUUCGCCAUACCCAAGCAUUUCUCUGUCAGUUUGCUUUCCUCAUUUAGCAGCUGCACUGCUGUUCUUCCUCUCCUCCUCCUUAAUUCUUCCACUCCAAAAACUUCAUUUCAUCUUAACUUUUUCAUACGGCAACGAAAUCGCACAAGGUCGGAGCCUAUAGAUUCAUAUCAGAACCUUCUUCCAUCUGAUAUGACACCCACACCUCAAAAUCAACUGUGGUCAAAGAUUGGAGCCUAGAACAAUGACGGCUUUUGGCGGAGUUUUGCUGAUUCCGCCCAAUCCCACCGGAAUUUGGUCUUGGCCCAAGAGAGAAAGUUGAUCCUCUCCUGACGAUCUUUCUACCUAUACUUGAGUUCAUUGAGUGAAACGAAAGUUAAUUUUUUUUUAUUUUUUGAUUUGUGAGUUUGUGAGUUUUUUAUUUUUUUUAUUUUUUGUGCAGGUAAAGGAUGAACCCAGAAGAGAUAUGUUUACUAAAGGACUUGAUAGGAGCGCCCUUCAUUGGGUUAGAGAGUGAUACAGGCAGAAGGAAUCACCACCCAAUCAGUAAAAAAAAAAAAAUGCAGAGCUUCAAAGCAGCGUCAACAAACCCAGAAUUCUACUCCCACUCUUACUUCUAUUUCAGGAGAGACGACAGUGAUUGGAACCAAACGCGUUUUACGGAUCUUAGACAGCUUGAACAGUCUAUUACCGCCUUCCCUCACAAUGAUGCUGUUGUUUUAAGCCCAAGCUCCAUGUUCAGCUUAAAAGCUAACAAUGUUGGCCGUGUACCUGAUAGACUUGCACUACGGGACCUUGAACGUUGGCGGGUGUUUGGACAUAGGAUCAACUAUAACCAGAGGAAGAAGGUGUAUGGACAUAGGACAUCAGCAGCCAUACAUGUACUAGCAACAGAAAGGGACGAUGACAUCUGGAAACGGACAAUUUGAGAAAUAGCCAGCAGACUGACACUCAUACGUAUGUUGACACCGAUGACAAAAACCUUGUAUCACCAUCUCUCUCUGUGGUCUCUGUUUCAUGAGCAUAUGUGUUUGCUAGACUGCUACCAUACUUUUUCAUUGGAAUCUUUCUAUAGCCUUAGUGGAAUUGAGAAUCAUUUGGAAUUUGGAAUUUUGGAUUACCAUCCAUGUUGUUUCAAGCUUCAAUCAAUGUGUAGACGUUUGUUUGGUCAGUUGGGCUGAUGGCUCGGCCCCUUUGCAUUAUAGUUCGAAUCUCCCUCCCGUAAAUUAUAGUAAUUUAGAAUAUCGCUUUGUUAGUUAAAACGAUAGUUUCCAGAAUGUUUUCAAUUCAACUACUAGCUUAAUAACAUGGCCCAUAUCUAAGUUGAUCUGCUUUAAUCUGCAUAUUUUACUGUAAACUUUAUUAAGCUUUCUAAUUUUUAUUGUCAGUGGAUUAAUGUGAGAUACGAUUUUGUUAUAGCUUCAUGGAGUGCAGAAUGGAGCACUAAUGGUAGUGGAUUCCAUAUAGCAGGCAAAGGAAAGAACUACUGGUGACCAAAAGACACUACGUAGGCUGGCCCAGAACAGAGAAGCAGCAAGGAAGAGUCGCCUAAGGAAGAAGGUAUACAUCUUUACUUUCCAUCAGCACGUAUUUGAAUGUCUUUUUUCUUUUUAAUUUCAUCGAGAGAGCUUUCCUAUACCUUUUUAGGCUGUGACAUCUUAGACUAAUUAUAUAACGUCAUGUGAGAGCGUUAAAACAUAUGGGAUCACGUUAUUUGUUUGGCGUGACACACUGGCAUACCGGGGUGUAGAUCUGUGACCCAGCUCUAAAUCUUUUAGCUAUGUUGGAACAAAAUCUUUGUAUCAACCCUGAAGAUUCACUGCCAGGUCUAUAAAAAUUAGGUUUGUCUUAAAUGCUUCUCAGCCUUCUCAUUCUCUUUCAAUAGCAAAGGCCUAUUUUUUUGGCCUCCCUCCCCUUUUUCACUUCUCUUUUGGUUUAAUUUUAUGGAUUUUUGGCAUCUGAUUUUGGUUUUUGAUGUUUUCUCAGUGAUUAACUUCUUUGGUGUUUAUUUUUCGAUGUUUUCUCAGUGGUACGGUGACUGCCAGAAUUACUGGGUUUUCAAUUUUAUUAGAAUCGAUUUUUAAGUCGCCGGGUUUGUAUUUUUUUGUGAGUUUUGUGAUUUUCUUAGUGGCUUUAGUUCCUUUUUUGGUUUUUAUCUGCUGUUGUAAUGUUUUUGUAAUAGAGGUGAGUAAUUUACAUUUUUUUUUUCAAGCAUUUCUCUAACGAAGUAAUAAUUUUUUAUGAAUGUUGUGAGACUUCACUUUUAUAUAAUCUAAUGCAUAAAUGUGUUUGAUGUUA